GCCACAAACCCGGUGGAGAUCGGAGAGGAAGGAAGGAGCGCACUGCCUGAGCUGCCGGGGGAGAGAGAGAGAGAGUCAGAGAGAGAGUCAGAGAGAGAGAGAGCGGACACACAGGAGCGUGUUUCAGAGAAGAAACGCACAGUUUUGUAGGAGGAGAGUGGAGAGGCACCACGUUUAUUCUCUCCUGACUGGUUUUACGCACGCAGAUCGGAGCUGCCUCCUCCAGGAGAUCUUGUGUUAUCUUUUUGCGCAAAAGCGGACUGUUGUUGGGACGGCACAUUAGGAGGACAAUCGAUGGGAAAACAUUUCGUGCUUUUAUCAAGAAAAUGCUCCCCUUGUAAAGAGAGACAGAAAGAAAAAAAAGAAUUGGGGAUAUUUUAUCGAUCCGUGGAGGAAAAACUCGUUACUUUUUCAGAUUUUUUUUGACAAACUUAAUGGUUGUCUGCUGAUGUUUCUGGUGUUUGUUUUUUGAAGUUGCAGUGAUUUCUUAUUAUUUUUGAAAUUUAUGGUUUUGUCUGUCAACUGUGCUGACGAGGUCUGUAUACACACGCGCGUUUUGACAGACAGAAGGACCCACAGCUGCCGACUGUGCGCACCGCAAUGGAUCUCGCAGCUUUAAAACUGUGUUUAGUGUACAAAUUACACUGAUUUCAGAUCAAGUUGCACUAAUCGUGCUGACUGGUUUACACGAGAAAAGAAGCAGAGGCACACACUGACACAACUCAUACGGGCUGUGCGCUAUAAACCUGCGCGAUAUUCUUGGAGAGUCCGGGGAGCGCUACCCGGCGUUUGGAUUUUGGGCUCUGGGCUGGUGGUGCUGCGCUUCAGAGAAAUAUAGAACUAAGAAAAAGAACAGUAACUGGGACUUUGGACUGAUUUAUCUCAGAUAAAACGAAUAAAACCACACAGGAGGAGAAGAGGCGAUUUUUUUCUCCAAAUCCGAAGAAAAAAGAUGGAUUUAUUCAUAUGGCUCUGUGGAUGUAUACUGGCUUUUCUUUCGCCCUCAGCAGUAAAAGCAGAGGAAGGGGCAUCUGAGCCAUGCGGUGGCCAUUUAGAUGCCAGCGACGCCGGUUACAUCACCACCCCCGGCUACCCGCUGGAGUAUCCACCUCACCAGAACUGUCGCUGGGUCAUCACAGCACCGGAGAUGUCACAACGUAUCGUCCUCAACUUCAACCCGCACUUUGAAAUAGAGAAACUGGACUGCAGGUAUGACUAUGUAGAGAUCCAUGAUGGGAGCUCUGAGUCAGCUGAUCUACUGGGGAAGCACUGCAGCAACAUCGCUCCUGCUCCAAUCAUAUCGUCAGGGAACUCACUCCACAUCAAGUUUGUGUCAGACUACGCUCACCAGGGGGCGGGCUUCUCGCUGCGCUACGAAAUCUUCAAAACUGGUUCAGAUUGUUCGCGUAACUUCACCAGUCCUACGGGACUCAUUGAGUCCCCGGGCUUCCCAGACAAAUACCCCCACAACCUGGAGUGCUCCUUUAUCAUCAUUGUACCCCCCAGCAUGGAUGUGACCCUCACCUUCCUCACCUUCGACCUGGAGAAUGAUCCCCUGCCAGGCGGAGAGGGAGACUGCAAGUACGACUGGCUGGAAGUGUGGGAUGGGCUCCCAGGAGUCGGCCCUCUGAUUGGUCGAUACUGCGGGACCAGGGUGCCGCCCGAGAUCCAAUCAUCCACUGGGAUUCUCUCUCUGUCCUUCCACACCGACAUGGCUGUGGCUAAAGACGGCUUCUCAGCUCGGUACAACAUGACGCACAAGGAAGUCAGCGAGACUUUCCACUGUAGUAAUGCAUUUGGUAUGGAGUCGGGAAAGAUCACAGAUGACCAGAUCACGGCCUCGUCAAGUUUCUUCGAUGAACACUGGCUGCCACGUCAGGCCCGACUCAAUUACAACGACAACGGAUGGACGCCCAAUGAAGACAGCAACAGGGAGUACAUACAGGUGGACCUCCAUACUCUGAAGGUGCUCACUGGCAUCGCCACUCAGGGCGCCAUUUCGAAGGAAACUCAGAAGGCUUACCAUGUUACCACCUUCAAGUUGGAGGUCAGCACUAAUGGAGAGGACUGGAUGGUCUACAGACAUGGCAAGAAUCAUAAGGUUUUCCAUGCCAAUGCUGAUGCCACAGAGGUGGUCCUCAAUCGGAUCCCACAGCCGGUCCUGGCCCGCUUUGUACGAAUCAGACCUCAGACAUGGAAGAACGGCAUCGCACUGCGUUUUGAGCUUUACGGCUGUCAGAUUACUGAUGCUCCUUGCUCAGAGCUCCAAGGCAUGUUGUCCGGGCUGCUCCCUGACUCCCAAAUCUCUGCAUCCUCCAUGAGGGACAUCCAUGGUUCCAUGGGGGCAGCUAGGCUGGUGGCCAGUCGGUCAGGCUGGUUUCCAAACCCGACACAGCCCAUCGCUGGAGAGGAGUGGCUGCAGGUGGACCUUGGUGUGCCCAAGAUGGUGCGUGGCAUUAUUACCCAGGGUGCAAGAGGGCUGGAGGGCAGCACCAGCGCUGAAAACAGAGCAUUUGUCAGAAAGUACAAACUGGCGCACAGCUUGACCGGCAAAGACUGGAGCUACAUCACCGACAGCAAGACUGGAUUUGCGAAGAUUUUUGAGGGUAACAGCCACUAUGAUACUCCAGAGGUGCGGAGGUUUGAUGAGAUAGUGGCCCAGCACAUCAGAGUGUUUCCGGAGAGGUGGUCGCCCGCUGGGAUUGGCAUGAGGAUGGAGAUCCUCGGCUGUGACCUGCCCGAAACCACCACUGUACCUGACACAGCCACCCCGACCUCGCCCAGGGUGGAACAGACAACUCCAGCAAUGAGACCUGCUACGACUCCGUCCCUGUCGGCUGUGUGUGACUUUGAGCAGAGUUUGUGCGGCUGGUCGGCUGAUCCUCAGUCAGGUGUGAGCUGGUCGCUGCACACAGCCAGCAGCAGUUCAACCGGACACGGCACACAUGGAACAAGACAGGACCUGGCACUGGGAUCAGACAAUUUUUCAGGAAACUACCUCCACCUGGAUGCAGGCGCCCACACCCAGCGCAAGAGAGCCAGACUGCUGAGCCCCGAGGUGGGUCCAGAACGAGGCCCGCUCUGCCUCCUGUUCUACUACCAGCUCCACGGAGAGGCGCAGGGGAGCCUGAGGGUCCUGCUGAGGGACAGCGACCAGGAGGAGACCCUGUUAUGGGUACUAAAAGGAGACCAAGGGCCUCAUUGGAGAGAGGGCCGCACCAUCUUGCCCCAAAGCCCCAAAGAGUAUCAGGUGGUGUUUGAAGGUUUUUUCGAUCACCCAACUAGAGGCCACAUCAGAAUAGACAACAUCCACAUGAGCAACAGCAUUGAGCUGGAGCAGUGUGCACUGCCUUUCCCUGCCUUAACGCCUGGCAUAACCAAUCCCAGGCCGAUGGAUUUUGGAAAAGAUCCUGUUUUCAACCACAAGAACCCCAUCAAUGGAGAUUAUGUCUUUCCAGGGUGGCCAUCCUUCUCCACCCCCUCCUCUGACGUGGACCCCCCCUCCGUCACCCUGGUGUCAGAGAAGGACAAGGACAACGCCUGGCUGUACACACUGGACCCCAUCCUCCUCACCAUCAUCGUGAUGAGCUCGCUCGGCGUCCUGCUGGGGGCAGUUUGUGCCGGAUUGCUGCUCUACUGCACAUGCUCCUACAGCGGACUUUCCUCUCGCUCCUCCACGACGCUGGAGAACUACAACUUUGAGCUGUACGACGGGAUCAAGCACAAAGUGAAGAUAAACCAGCAGAGGUGCUGCUCAGAGGCAUGAGGAAUCCAAGGAGGAGGACAACUAUGGAGAAUGACGGGGAAAGACUCAUCCAGUGAUCCCCGGCAAACCUAAUUUUGUUCUCAAUUUGGACAAAGACAACAUGAUAAAGAAGCACUAUCUGUAAUUUCAAUCCCAGUGUCCUGUACCUAAUAUCCUGCUACUCCCUUGCUCUGAUGUCUAAUGGGGUAACCUUCAACCCAGAGUUUCCCCACCUGUUUAUGUGCCAGUGGGAACUUGUGAUCUUGAUGUCCCCUUGAUGCUAUGAGGCCUAAAGUGGGGGAACAUCUGACCCCAGUCUCCCCUACCUUCAGUCCCAUUUCUCCUCCGCCUGCAGGAGAGAGCCUGCUCGAUUCUAAAAGCCUGUGAAUGAAUGAAGGAAUGAAUAAAUGAAUAUGAAUGACAGAUCUACCAUAGAUUAUAACCCACCAGCCACUGGAAUGAAGUCAGAAAGGAGAUGGACUACAGCGCCCAUGACAAUCUGGACAUUUGGACCACAAAUGACAGCACAGUCUGGGUUGCUUGGUUGAAAAGUUGGGAUUCUUCGGACGUACCCGUGACUGGUACAGAUGGAGAACCUAAGAUCUGUCUUCGUCAGCUUGAAUUUGAAUGUGGCCAACAGAAAUGGCUUACAGAAAUCAACAAGUUCCAGCUUCAGACUGUUUGUGAAGACUCCAGCACCAGUGGACCGUUUGAUGUGGGUACUUUUGACUGAAAUCAACACAUAUCAAGCGAAUGCCUACCCCCUCUAAAAAAAAAAAAAAAAAGUUUUAAAAGAUAUUGAACUACACAACUCAAAUGAAUCUAGAUUUCUAAUGGUAAAGGAAAAGAGGAUGAAAAAGGACAUUUUCUUUUUUUUGUUUCUGAAAGUUUUAGAUAUGAGUUCUGUGAGUUUUAACCGUCCAUUAGCCUGCCAUAUGGCGCUCGCUCGCUCCUUUGUCUGCCCUCGGUCUGCGCUUUGUGAAACCAGUGGCAUAGAAGAGUAAUGGUGACUGUUUUUGUUCUGUUUUAGACUUGUGUCUGUUUGGAAAAAAAGGUAAAGAAAAGCCAGCUUCAGUUCGUAGCCGCCCUGUAGAGCUCUUAUGCCAUUUUUAGACUUUCUUUUAGCAUCGUGUUGGACUCCACAGUCUUAACUGUUACUUCAGUCCUUUUCUAUUUUGGCACAUUUUCCAUUACAGAUUAUCAGUCUUUGCAAAGAAUAGAGGAAAAGUAAAAUAAGAUGGAAGAUAGAAAACAGAGAUUUAUCAAAAUCUAACAUGCUGUUAUGGAGUCGUGCUUUAGAUUCAGUAUUCUAGAGUUUGUUUUUGGUAUAUAUCUAUAUUUUUUUGCUUUUCAGACUGUAUGAUGCCCAAAUGAUGGACAGACACUGUGUGAACAAAAUGUCAGUGAUUGUUUUAUUGCAACCUAUGGAUUGCCAAAGAGCUGUGUAUGUGCACGGUGGGGCUGAACAAGUGUUCAAAGAGGCUGGGCGGACUAAGAGUGAUGAAUCAUCCUGCUUUUUAUCCGCCACUCUUGACUUCACCCCCUCAAUAAAGGCCGCUCAAAAAUGGAAGAAGAAAGAAUGACUAAAGGAGGAGAAUGGAAAUCGUACCGUCGACUUUUUUGGACACACAAUCGAGCCUUAAGCUAACUACAGUAUACGCUGUAUCGGAGGACAGCCAUCGAGGAGGGCCAGUGCUGCUGGAGAGACUGAUGAACAGGAGGAGACACACAACUACACAACUACAUCACACACAUACAAACACACACACACAUACAGCAGAUAGAGAGAAAGAAAGAGACAAAAGAAAAAUAGAUGGUUGUUAUGUUUACAUGCAUGAGAAGUCCCAUUGUGGCUCCAGUUAUUCCAAUAUUUAACAUAAUAGCUCAGACUGGUGAAUAUUAGAUUCAUUUGAUCAAAAGUGCGGGAAGGACACUCGAUCUACUACAGUAAUUAAAUUAUCUUAGCCCAAAUUAAGCAGCUUUUUCUUCUGAGAAUUACAUUCAUACACAUUUGCUUUCAGAGGCUACAUUUUGAUGCAAACUUAGUGAUACCCUUGGAAAUUUUUGACCACUAAUGGCAUCCUGGAACCGUGUUUUUACAGGCGUGUUCCCAUUAUGUUCAUAUCUCGUGCCUGAAUUUCUCCCAGAUUUCACACUGUUCCACCAAUCAAUACCCAGUGGCAGUAAUUUGCCAAAAAUUGCUCCAGCAAAGCCUGUUAAGAAGAAUAUUGCAAGUUAACAUGGAAGAAAACAAUGCAGGAUUUAAGUUUGUUUUUGCUUGACCUCGAAGAUACAGUAACUAUUUGAGCCACGUCUCCCAAAAAUUACAUUCCUGUACAACUACUCUACACUCACAACUGUGCUUUGAGGGAAACAUCUUUUCUGACAGAUUUGUAUCACAUAUAUGCUUCAAAUCAACAUAUCUUUGCAAUUCACUUUGUUUGCUUUACUGUCACACUUUUUUUUCUCCGACUAAUCAUAUCGAUGGAGCAGGACUUGUCACCCUGGUAACUGAGACAGGAGGGCAAUAGGGGAGCUUCAAAUAUGUUGUGUAAGGGUUGUAUUUCAACCCAAACCAUCAUGUUUUUCUUAACCUAUCCGAGUAAUUUGGGUACCUAAUCCUAAUCAAACAGCAAGUGAAAGCCAAACUUAAGUAGAAGAAAAAUCCUCUUUUGCUGCCUUUGCCCCUGAACUUCUUGUGGUGACCAUGAGGCUCCUUCAAACUGGAAGCCUUUCCUACUACAACAGUCUUAUCCUUUGCUCAGGAAAUAGGUUUCUUUCAAAGAUGGGAAUGUAUUUGCAAAAGAAGAGAGUUGGUAUAUUUAUAAGACAAUUCCAGCGGGGUACUUUUAAUGCAGCCCAGAAUAUUUUGCUUUGUAAUCACUAUAUCAAGUAACUUAUUCUAACAUCUUCACCAUUACUGGUGCAUUAUGAAUGCCGCUAAAUCAUGAGGUGAUCCUGUGCAUGUAGACAUACCCAACGAGACCAUGAGUCAACGUGGAAGAACAGACAACAUACAAAAUGAAACAUAUGACUAGUCUGUCAGGGUUGGAGGAUGAGAGAGAGACACAAUCACAGCACCGAGAGAAUGGCAAGCAAAGAGACAACAAAACAAGAAAAGGGCAGCGAAGGACAGUCAGUAACCCAGACAGAAGUUUUAAAUUGGAGGCCCAGACGCUGACCUCUCCGUUUUCUCUUGAUUUUCCUUUUUCAUUCUGCUCAGCCACAGCAGAUGAAGGUAAAUCCUAGAAAGUCAGUUUAUGUUUUCUGACUCUGAAAUAUCCGGGUCAUGUUGUUGUUGUCCUCUGGGGUGUAAAUUGAAAGAGCAAUGGAAGCAGAGGGGAGGGGGAAAAAAAGUGUAAAACAUGUCGCACUUGUUGUAUCUUUGCCUGGAGCCCCUAUUCUUUCUUUUUGUCUUCCUCUCUCAUCUCUCCAUCUUCAAGGGCAUACAUGGAAAUAGCCAAGAGGCUGAUUGAGAUGAAGUAAACAAAGAAAAUAAAGGGAUUAUUAAGAGGUGUUAAAAGAUGGUCAGAAAAAGGAGAGAUGGAGGAAGGGAACAAUGGAGAGAGAUGGAAUUUCUGUCCAUCUAACUGUGUUUUCAUUGGACUGUUUUCCAAGUGCCUUGGAGCUCUCUUAUCAUGUCUCUUUAUCUCUCUCUCUCUCCCUACUAAUGUAUUACUCUACUCUCUGUCUUUCUCUAUCACACAGACACAUAUGAAACAGUGAGCAGAGACCAGUGAGUACAUUAUGAGACACACAAUCAUGCAAAUCAACACCAUAAACAUGAACUUGCACACACAUAACCUGUUGUCUGUCUGUCUCUUUUUUUCUUUCGCUUUCUCUACUGCUUGACUUUGCUAACUCAUUCCUUCUGGGAGUCCAGAUAGUAUUACCUCUUCUGUCUUGAUUGAUGCACACACACACAUACAUGCACGCAUGCACACACACACACAUGACUGCACACUACAUUAAGACACACCUACGGCACUGGCCAGAUUACUCAAACUGUUGUUUGUAGACUUUGUACAGAAAAAUUUCUUUUUUAAUGUUAUUAUUAUUAUUAUUUAAUAAAGGCUAAAUAACAAGUCA